UCUUGCUUGCUGUGUAAUUACAUUGCCUUCAACGUUCCAGCGGAUAGGGUUAAGCUACAAACCUAUCAUUAAUUGGUCCUCCGAGCCGGAGCCCUGGAGUCGGCAUUCACCGAGGAGAGAACCCUGACGUCAGCGAGAUGUGAGAAUUUGUCAUCGGGCCGGUGGAUUAGCUGUCUUUCCUCCUCGAUGAGUGACGAUCGGCGGGAUCCGAGGCUGAUAUUACACUCUAAGCAACACCGAUCUCUUCCAAGUCCUGCUCACAACACCCACAGCAUGCAGGAUUGCUGAACGACCCUCGUGGAUUCAUCAAAGCCACACAAAGAAGGUUGAACCAAUCCAAGACCCACCAACAUCUCCUUAAAGUGAGUGAUAAGUUUAGACUCUGGUCCUCCCCAACCUCUAGUGUUCGCUCGGUGGGGGGUAGGGUGAUCAGUGGCAACACUCGUGAUCCCACUCCUCUGGCUGAGGUCUACUCAUUAGAGGCUACGGGUGUGUCUGGUGGUCGAGAAGAGGAGAACACUCACAGGAAUGGAGAUGCUAGACAAAGAACCCAAGAUUCCACUGAGGGAGAAAGGAGAGAUGGACAUAGACGACGUCAAUAUUGGACAACAGGAUGCCAGCUGACAACAGUCACAACCCUGUGCUUCAUGUUUGUGUUCUCAGUGUUCCUGACAAUAGCCAUCGUAUCCAUGAACAUGGCCAGCACCGAUAAUCCCUGUGAUCCCCACUGCCAGCAGAUCUAUCGUCAGUACCCAAGUGUGACAUGCUCAGAACAAAGCGCUGUCCCCAAACAAGAUCAUCGCACCACGGAAAAAGUGGAACUAACCCGGAAAAAGCGCAGUUUCUGUAGAGGACACUGCUACGGAGUGGCAGGGGCCAGGAAAUAUGACAACCCAUGCAACCAAACUGCAACCCUGAAGAAGACCGAAGAUCUAUACCUAUGCUACCACAAAACCAGUUUCUCCUCUGCAGUAUGGAUCCCACUAAACUCAUUCCACAUUGGAGGCCGUCGAGGUGACGAGUGGAACGAAUAUGACUGGUACCUGUCAAGCACGGACUGGGACCAAGGCUGGGACACUGUCUUCACCUAUACUGGCAACGACUGGACACCCUACAGUGAGUACUGGCUGGCAAACUCAGCAAAGAACUGGUCAAAAACUAUAAAUAUGACCAAGACAUCAACCCAUCUGAUACUGAACUUCCAUACGGAAAAGCUCCCUCUAGCUGAAACCCCGCUAGCCAUGUCCGUCCGAACUUGGGAUCAUUUUACCAACUCCCCUUGCUACCACCUGACACUGUUUGUGUACAGAAAACAUGCAAAUGAUCCACACACCUACCUGUCAAUAUGCAGCAACAUCACAAAAAUCGGAACCAAUGACACGACGAAAGACACCAAGAAUGCUCCUGUCCUGACAGUGGGUCCUCACACAUAUAUGACGAGAGUGGUGAUAGUAGGACCCGAAUUGGAGGCAGACGACUUGUUCAAAAUAACCACAGGCAUCUCUGGACACUCAAAUAACUGGCUACUGCUAGCAGAACAAGCAGCCCAGGAUGCAAAUGAUGACUGCAUGGUCUGUUUAGGACCCCGCCCGACGUUAAGGUUGGUACCUUCACCAGUAGAAGAACACUGUCUGAUACCUGUAAUGAACCACACCAAUGUUCCCGGAGCUAACUGUUCGAGAUGGGACACAAUCUUCCCAGUGACAGGCCCGGAAAAAACAAAACCCAUAUUUUCGCGAGACGUGACUGGCACAAACCACAUGUGCAUUAACAUGACAGGCCCAGGAGAACGAAUAGGAAGCCUGAAUUCAUCGAACUGCUUAUCAAUCACAAAUGUAAAUGAGACUUUUAAGCCUAUAAGCAGAGCAGAUGUGUGGUGGUGGUGCGGAGACCCCCAGAUCUACGACCGCAUGCCCAGGGACUGGACCGGUGUAUGCGGACUGGUGUCACUACUCCUACCAGUACAGGUUGUUAAACUCUCAGUGACUGACAUAACCACAACCUCACGAGAACAUUGGCCAAAAACACGCAAAAAAAGAGCUGCACCAGAAAAGCCCGGCCCGGAUCCAACCUAUAUUGACGCAAUAGGUGUCCCUCGGGGAGUACCUGAUGAGUAUAAGCUGGUAGACCAGGUGGCUGCAGGCUUCGAGUCAUCAGUAUGCUGGUGGUGCACAAUCAACAAAAACGUGGACAGAAUAAACUACAUCCACUACAAUGUCCAACGUCUGGGCAACCUAACCCAGGCAGGCUUCUAUGCUGUGGCUGAGCAAUUGAGAGCCACAUCCUUGAUGUCAUUCCAGAACAGGAUCGCCCUGGACAUGUUGCUAAGUGAAAAGAAUGGCGUGUGUUCAAUGUUUGGGGAACAGUGCUGCACGUUCAUACCAAACAACACAGCCGCAGAUGGCAGUUUGACCAGGGCCCUAGAAGGCUUGAAGACCCUGAAUGAGAAGAUGAAAGAACACUCCGGUGUUGAUACUUUAAUGUGGGACAGCUGGAUGGACAUGUUUGGAAAAUACCGCAGCCUGGUAUCAUCAAUUUUAGUAUCAAUAGCUGUCUUUGCAGCCAUUCUGACACUUUGUGGUUGCUGCUGCAUACCAUGCAUAAGAGCCCUGAUCAACAGGCUGAUAGCAACCGCCAUUACACCAGACCCUGUCAGCCCAAGAGAAACUAUGACGUUAUUGGAACACACUGACACUGACACAGACACUGAUGAUGAUGAAGCUGAUUCAAGUGAAGAGAACAGCCUGUAAAUAAAA